CGCGCCGCGCCCAACGGUGCGGAAGCUACAUUGCCGGCCCCCAGCACGUGGGAUCUGGGGAAAUGGAGGGGUCGAUGCGUGCUGACGCCAAGGUCUGCAGUGAGGCUGGAACAGAGUCCAGCCCUCGGGGCCCAGGUUGUAGCCUCCGGCACUUUGCUUGUGAACAGAACCUGCUAUCCCGGCCCGAUGGCUCUGCUUCUUUUCUGCAAGGUGAUACCUCUGUCCUGGCCGGUGUGUAUGGGCCAGCCGAGGUGAAGGUCAGCAAAGAGAUCUUCAACAAGGCUACACUCGAAGUGAUCCUGAGGCCGAAGAUUGGGCUGCCUGGUGUAGCUGAGAAGAGCCGGGAGCGGUUAAUCAGGAACACGUGCGAGGCAGUAGUGCUGGGAGCGCUGCACCCCCGCACCUCCAUCACCGUGGUGCUUCAGGUUGUCAGCGAUGCAGGCUCUCUCCUGGCCUGUUGCCUGAAUGCCGCCUGCAUGGCAUUAGUGGAUGCAGGUGUCCCCAUGCGAGCUCUCUUCUGUGGGGUCACCUGUGCCCUGGACUCUGAUGGGACCCUGGUUCUAGACCCCACAGUCAAGCAAGAAAAGGAGGCCCGAGCAGUCCUGACCUUUGCUCUCGACAGUGUGGAACGGAAGCUACUGAUGUCCACCACCAAGGGGCUCUACUCUGAUGCUGAGCUCCAGCAGUGCCUGGCUGCAGCCCAGGCUGCCUCGCAACACGUCUUCCGCUUCUACCGGGAAUCGCUGCAGAGGCGCUACUCCAAGAGCUGAGGCAAGCCAGGGCAGGGCGCCCCUCCCGCUGCCACCGCCCACCACCUCCAGGCUGGAGCAAGCCAGCACCCAGCCGCCCCUCUGUCCUUGUGCCCUCAUGGCUUCAGGCACAGUGACUGCAGGGGCUCUACUGGGGUGGGAGGGGACUUGGCCCUGGACAGCCCCAGCCUAGGUUAUAGGCCCGUCCUCCCAAGGACAUUAAAGGGAGCUCACCCGAAUUGAAUGAAUGAGUGAGGAUCCAUUCAUUCCAACCAAGGUCUGCCGAGCACCUACUGCAUCAGGCCCUGCUGGAUGCUGAGACCCUGGCAGUGAACCACAGACCCUGGUCCUGUGUUCUAGAAGCAAUGGGGUGAGGAACCAAAAAAUUGUUGGUAAAUGUGACAAAAACAGGAAAUAGGGAACAAGAGUUUGGGAGAGUCAUUUUGGGGAGGGCAGAUAUAAUACGUGAGUGGAGACACCUUAUCGAGCAGGGCACACCUGAGGGAUCCCUGCGGGAGGAAAGGGAGCAAUUUCUUGCAUAACAGGAGGGAGUGCCCCAGGGGUCAAGGACCAGCCAGGCAGCCAGUGUGAUGAGUGGAACAAGAAGGGCAGGAGUGGGGAGAUGGGGUCAGGGAAAUAAGUACAGUGUGAACAUGGGACCUCAAAGGUGGGACCUUGUGGGCCACAGGAGGAAUCUGGCCAAGUGCAGCUUUAACUGACCAGCAACCCCAUGAGGUGGGGCUGUGCUAGUCCCCACGUGAAGAUGAGGGAACCAGCUCAGAAGCCAGUUAGCUGCCCGAGGUCACCAGCCAGUCGGCAGAGGAACAGGCAUCUCGCACGGAGUCCAGUCUCAGAACCCUUCCUAUUUAGAUAAAACCCAGGGAUGCCAGGAAGAUCCAAAGGCUGGAUGUCAUCUCUCUGUAAGCAGCAGUUGAGGCUCAUGGUGGCACCCUGGGUGUUUGGAGGUCAUGGGGGUACUUACUUGCCCUUUGACUGCUCCCCAGGAGCAUUUAGUACUGCAGGGAGCUAAAGAGCCAAUAGGCCACAUGGGCUGCAUUGGCAGGCCCCUGGUGUGGGGGGGUUCGUGUGUCAGACCUCUGCUGUGGCUUCACAUGCUUGAAUUAGCUCACAGAAUCCCCAUUCCCCCGCCCCCCACAGUAUCUUCAUCCCCCAUAACCAAAAAGGAAAUGCUCAAAUAUCUUUAGCUUGAAAUUGUGCUCUAUUAAAUGCUCAGAGGAAGGCUAACUGGGGAAAGCUAUUUUCUAGCAAGAACCAUCAUAAUGGCAUUAAACAGUGAGAAGACUAAGCUGCAUUUUUUUUAUUACUUGAUAUCAGGCCCAAUUGGUGAGCUCUCCCUUUGCUUCUGCUAAGUGCUCUGCAGACAAUGUUCUGCCUGCCCGGUGCCAGGACUUUCAUGUUUCCUUAGAGUCCUGUUCUCUUCUUUUUUGGGUGGUACCAGGGAUUGAACUCGGGGGUGCUCAACCACUAAGCCACAUCCCCAGCCCUUUUCUGUAUUUUAUUUGGAGACAGGGUCUCACUAACUUGCUGAGGCCGGCUUUGAGCUCAUGAUCCUCCUGCCUCAGCCUCCUGAGCUGCUGGGAUUACAGGCAUGUGCCACCACGAAUGGUAGAGUCCCAUCCUUGCCAAGCCUGGUCCAUCUGAUUUGGAAGGGCCUGGGAAAGGGGUCUGGAAUUGCUAGGAAGUUUUCUUUCCCCAUGAUGGGGGCUGGCAUACAACAAAAUGGACACAGGAACAGAGAGCCAGACGGAUAACUGAGUCCAGUCCAGUUCUACCUCAGCGUUCUCACUUUUGUUGCCUAAGGCAGUUUGGGCUGCUUUCUGCCACUCAGCUGUCAGAAGAGUGCAGAGGGAGAGAGCAGAUGGCCAUUUCUGUGUGGGAUGCAUUUUAAGCUUGACAGGCAGAGAAAAGCAGCCCCAUUUUACAGAUGAGAGAAAGUGAGACUGGAAGAGAUGUCACUUGGGCCAAGGUUACAUGGCUGCCAGGUGGGGGACUAAGGCUCAAUCCUCUACUAACGACUGUCGUGAAGAGAACAUCCUGCUGUGUGGGGACCCUGCACCCCCGUGCCACCCUGGCUGGUCCUUCCUGGUCUCAGACACUACCACUGUGUCCACCGCCCCGUACACACGACAGACUCGAGUUUGGCUGCAAGGGUGUCUUGUUUAAUUUCUCACGUUGCUGCUGCCUGAGUGGUGGCCAGGAAUGGGACGGGGUCUCCAGCUCACUCCCCUUUCUGGAUGCGGCAUCAGGACUCUCCAUUUCCUGCCCACAGAUGCACUGGGCUGCCAGGCUCUUGGUUCACAGCGGGGGCCAUGGAGGCAACUAGGGCGGGUCCCGGGAGGCAAGGUAGGCCGCCAGGGUCACCAGCGCAGCUGCAUAUGUGCACAGGCCCAGUCCGAUGGCGAGGACCCCCAGCAGGAAGGCGCGGCGGGAGGCAGCCCCCGCUCCCUGGACGUCCCCCUUGGCCCAAGCCUUGUUCGUCUGUAGAGGCAGUGGCUAGUGGUGACCAAGGUGUCCCUCUUCCCACCCUGCUUCCCACAGCCUUUCCCCCACCCAGUAAACCAUUCAUUCGUGUAUUCCAAUGCCUUGGAGCACCUCCUGUGAAUCAGCACAGCUGGGCAAUGGGGAUGCUGGGUGACUAAUAAAAACAUGUUACUAUAUGCCACUGUUCUCACUU